GCCCGCCGGGCUCGGGGCGCGGGCGGCGGCGGGGCUGAGCUGAGCCGGGCUGAGCUGAGCCGGGCUGAGCUGAGCCGGGCUGAGCCCGCGGGCGCCGUAUGGCGCGGGCCUGAUGCCGGAGCGCGGCCCGGAGCCGCGGUGGUGCUGCGGGAGGAGGAUGAGGAUGGCGGGGCUGCCGUGGAAGUGGCCGCGCACCCGCCUGCCCGUGGGCGCCAGCGCCCUGGGCGUCUUCGUCCUCUGCUGGCUCUACGUCUUCCCCGUGUACCGGCUGCCCGACGAGAAGGAGAUCGUGCAGGGGGUGCUGCUGCAGCAGGGCAAGGCGUGGAGGAGGAACCAGACUGCGGUCGCCCUGUUCAGGAAGCUGCUGGAAGAAUGCUGUGACCCCGGGCAGCUCUUCGCUAUGACAAAGCUGAACUCCCCGAUGGGAAAGAACCUCUGGUUUGAUGGGGAAUUUUUAUAUUCUGUCACAAUCGACAACGCAACUUACUCUCUCUUCCCACAGGCUACUCCCUUCCAGCUGCCAUUGAAGAAAUGCUCCGUGGUGGGAAACGGUGGGAUCCUGAAAAAGAGCGGCUGCGGCAAACAAAUAGAUCAAGCAGAUUUUGUCAUGCGGUGCAACCUUCCUCCUCUAUCCAGUGAGUACAGCAAGGACGUCGGAUCAAAAACCCAGCUGGUGACUGCAAAUCCAAGUAUAAUUCAGAAAAGGUUCCAGAAUCUGCUGUGGUCUCGAAAGGCGUUUGUGGACAGCGUGAAGGUGUAUAACCACAGCUACAUCUACAUGCCAGCUUUCUCCAUGAAGACGGGGACGGGCCCCUCCCUACGUGUCUAUUACACCCUGGCGGACUUCGGUGCCAAGCAGACGGUUCUUUUCGCCAACCCCAAUUUCCUGCGGGACAUCGGCAAGUUCUGGAAGAGCAAAGGUAUCCACGGCAAGCGGCUUUCCACGGGACUCUUCCUGGUCAGUGCCGCCCUUGGUCUGUGUGAAGAAGUAACAAUUUAUGGCUUCUGGCCGUUCUCGGUGGACCUGCACGGGAGGUUUAUUAGCCACCAUUACUAUGACAAUGUCUUGCCCGAUUCCGGAUUCCACGCCAUGCCGGAGGAAUUUCUACAGCUUUGGUUUCUUCAUAAAAGUGGUGUACUGAGAAUGCAGCUAGAACCGUGUGAGGACCCUUUAAUCCAGCCUUCUGCCUGAGGAUUGUAGGAGUCGGUUUGGAAGAUCCGAUAGUUUUUUAAUUUCCAUGCUCUCCAACAGAGAGUUCUGUUUUAUGUUGAUUGUUUUUAAAGGGAAAGUAACAGUGGAUCUGCAUGGACCAUAAAAGUGCUACUUGAAGGCCAAAUGGAAUACGUCCUUAGUGUUUAGUGCUUCAUGGAACUGGGAUGGGAUGAAGUGUAUCUCUCCAUCGAGUCCAUUCAGCAGCAGUGUGGAAACAAUGUCAGAAGUAGCACAGCUGAACUUUCCGGGGACGUUUUUAAAUGACCGAUGUAAAAAGGGCAUUAAGGCUCGGGUAGACACAGGGCCACUCACAAGCUUUUGCUGACAGUGCCAAAUAUGACUGUCUGUUCAAAAUCCAUUUCAUUCCAGAUCGGCACCCUGUUUAACUUUCCUUUUUCCUUUUCUUUCCCUCUCUGUUUGUGUGUGUGUGUGUGUGUGUAGGAGAGCAUGUGUGUGUUGUUGACUUUGUUUCUUUUCCUUUUUUUGUCCUUUUUUCCUUUUUUUUUCUUUUUUUUUUUUUGUUUUCCCAAUGGAAGGAAAAGGAAAGGCUUAAAAGCCCCAAGAGCUGAGGACCAUCAACUCCUCUGAAAACUCUUGGGAGAGUGAAGGUGCUAAGAAUCUAGUGAGAAGAAUGUCCUAGGAAUGCCCUGCUACUGAGGAUGGAUAGACCUACCUGUUGAAGGUUUUAUCAGGAUAGUUUAGGUCACUGCACUUACAGCUGUGCUAAUGCUGUACUGUGGGCAAGAGCUGGAUAAGGCAAAGUGGUCUGAAAAUAAAACAUGUUACAAAACCAGUAGUGAAUUGCAGCCUGGUUUCAGAUGACCUGCUGCAAGAUUUCCACAGUGACUUUUGUAGUAGGGGUGGUUCCUGACCUGUUUUACUGUCCAGCCUUAGGGAUUAAUUCUGUAUUCAUUUGGACUCCAGAUGUUUACUGACUGUCGAGGGGAUUUGAGGGGUUCAGUGGAAUGCAGAAUGAGGUUCUUCAUUUGCUUAUAGCAGGAAAAUUGCAGAAAUGAAUGUAAGUGUCAUUUAAAAUGAGUCGAAGCUUUGAAAAUCGUUUCUCUGUGUGUGACUAGCUCUUCUGCUCGGAUUGUUACGUUAGCCUUAAAGACUUGUACUUUUCUCGCAAGAUUGUCUCUGGUUAAAGAGAGUCUGAAAAAUAAAACAGCCUUUGGGAGCACUGAAAAGCUGCAUAGCCAGCAAGUAAAAGGAAAAAAAAAACGAGGAUGGCCUGCCCUUACAUAAGCCAGCCUCUCUCCUCGCAGUGGGUGAAUUAUGUCAGUGUGCGCACUGCACACACACUGCUCCAGCCUGCACAGCGCCUGAAGGACUGUUUUAUUUUGGGUUAUUACUUGGGCAGCAGAUGGUCCUAUGAUCGCCAUGUAAAUGAGAAAUCUUUCUGUUUGUUUGCUUUUGUUCAGCGCUGUAGGACAAGAAGAGAAUACCAGCUCAGUCCGUGGUGCAAUUUUUAGCUGCAAGGUGUUGUCACCAUUAACUUCAAAAAUCCAGACCCGUGUUCUCUUUCAUAUCCUUCCAUCAUUAGUAGCCGAAAAUCUAGUCAAGGUGUUGAAACAACAAGACUCAUCAGGUUUCUCCAACAACUUACUGUGCUGUUUUAGCUCCAAAGUGCUAGUAUUUUGGGGCACGUGUCCUGUCAUAUGUUGAUAAUGUCUCUCCUUGUAGACUACCAGCUGCAAGUUAUAUAGAUAUAAUUAAAAAAAAAAAAGAAAAAGAAAGCAAAAUCCAUGGCUCUUCUUUAAAUAUGAAUAAUUCAACUAUCGGGGUAGGAGACUGGGGGGAAAAAAAAUCAUAUUUUGCUUUUCAAACCUAUGUUUCAUAAUAAAAUUUUCUUUCAGAGUAUGAAUAUUCCAAGCAUAAAGCAGGCACUGUUUCGUAGGGUUACAGGGCAAUGCUAAAGGGUAACAUGGAGAUUUGUAUUAAAUAGUGUUCUAGAUAUUGUUCUGAUAAAAUCUGAAUGUACUUCUAUAGCCCACGUUAUCUUCAUCCAUAUUUUUGUUAAAAGCACAGUCAAUGCACUGAUGGAACAUCACUUGAUAAUUCAUUCCCUUUCAUUAUGUUUGUUUUAUCUAUGAUGUAGGCACUUGGUGAGGAAGGAUUUGAAAGUAAAACAUUUUUCUUACUGUUUGUUAUGGCAGAAUUUAACUGAGCCGCCUGUCUUGGAGAAGAAGAUGUGCCUGUAUGGUUUUUAUUGUACACAUCAAGUUUUGCACUUUUUAGUGCUUUAUAGAUGAGAUUAUCUGUGAGAACAACAGUUGAAAUAUGGUGUGCUAAAAUGGCACUUCAACAGGAUGCCAGCAUUCCUCAGGGGUGGCAGGGAACGAGUAGAGUAGGGGGGAGCUGCCUCUUUGGUGGUCAUUUUUUGAUAUUUUUACCAAUACUUAGGAAUUCAGCUCUGAAACUCUCUGCCAGCUCUCCAACUCUUUGGCAAUCCUUUUUUCCAUGUCUUGAGAAAAUAAUUGGAUUAGAAGAAAAAGGGAAAAAUAUGUAUUUUUGUAGGAAAAUUCUGUCCAGUGUUUUAUAAUAUCUGGCUUAUUGAUGUUGAACCAGUGUCCUGGGUAGCUGGACAUGUUGUAUUCCCCAGUUCUGUAAGACUGAAUCUGUAGCCUGUGGUCUUUGUGAGUCCCUGUCUGCAGUCCUGAGGUUUGCAAGGAGAUAGCUUCCUAGAAAUUGUGGGGACAGGAGAGACCCAGGCUGUGUGUGAUGUGUGGCUGCUGUUGGAGAACUUGAUAAUUCUGGCUCUAUUCACAUGUAUGUAUAGUGAAUAUAACUGCAUCUUACAAAGGCAGCCACCUUUGAUGAGGAAGUAAAGGAUUCAAGGGUAUAUAUUUUUCUAUUACUUCCAAGAAACUGGAAGUUGAGGAAAGAAGAGAAAUAAAUGCCCCUUCUGAGAGAGCAAAAUCUGUUUUAGCUGGCUGACUUGUCAGUCCAUGGAAACACUGGUCAGCAAUCAGCCUUUUGCCCAGCAAGUAGAAAGGGAUGCAGGAGAGCACUGCAAGUCUUUCAUGGCAAGAGCAGUCAAAAAGACAGAACCAAGCAGCUGUGAACAUGAGUGACUGCUACCUGACAGAAAUGCUGAAGUAAAUAUGCUCCCUCCAUGCCAAGUGUGAGGCUUGUCUUGCCUAAAUCUAGGAGGAGGGCAAUCCAUGUGUAGGAUCAUUGAUGUGAAAUAUGGCAUUGCAUACAAGAGCCUGAAGAUGUAGCCACCUUCAAGAGGAAGGCCGUGCCCUGGGAUAGGACCAGGCUUCUGCUUAAGAAUAGGCACAAGCAAAUCCAGGAUAACUGUUAAGUGUGAACCGUGAGGAAUCAACAUCUCACAGUCGCAGCAAACUUUGGUGUGAGGGAUUAUAUCCAUCCAGCAUUUACCCAUCAGUUGAUUCCAGUCCAUUGAUGGCAGUGCCCUUAAUCAAAUCCUGUUGCUUGUGUUGCUCUAUUUUCUUUGAAGUAAAUUGAAACCUUAAUGUUUAUUUUGUUAGUGAAAUUCCCUACUCUAGUGUCUCUGUUUCCACUGUCAGUCCCCGAAUCUCUCUGAUAGUAUAGCUAAAGCUGCACAAAUCUUUGCCAGGUUGAAAGCUACUGCAGUUCAUCUUCAAUAGAAACUAGUUCAGACUGGCCAGAUGAUUUGCUAAUGUUCCUACUUACUGAUUUUAUCAUAGAGCUGACAAGAGACAGAAGUGCUAGAAUCUUUGCUCCACCUGCAUAGGAAGCAUUGCCCCACAUUUAUAAGUAGAAUAAAUUAAAUACCUUUAUAAGAGUUGUAAAUGCAAGAUAAUCUGUACUGAAAUCUCUCUAGAUACAAUCUUUUUGGGGCUGUGUAUGUUUUUGAGUAAAUCAUGAUCAGUUUUUGAACUUGCAACAAAACUAUGUAAAACUUUUUCUUCUUGGUAAUUAUGAAGUCUUUGGGGUUCCUUCUGAAACAGACAAGCAAACAGAAACCAGCAAACUAAAAUCAUAGAGAAAAUGUGCGUGUGUUCCUGAGAAUAAAAAAUCUGUAAUUUUGGCACAAACCUUGCUACAGUGCUAAGGACUCCUAUUCAUGAAUGUUGUAUUUUUGCUGAAGUGAAGGGACCAAGUUUGGGGUGAACCAGCUACUAAAGACAUAGGACUAAGCCUUCAUAACACCUUAAGUUUUAUAGAAUAUAGAAAUAUUGGCUAGUUUUUUGACUUGACUACUUUCAUCUUUUUGUUAGUUUCCUCAAAGUGAUGUUGUAACAUACACUGCUGAGUUAGCACCUCUGCAAGAGCUGAAACAAGGUAAAACAUCUGCCUUUUUAAACUCCAUGUCCAGAACUGUGGUAGUUAUGUAAAACCCUUCCUUUAUACAUCUUCAAGAAAACUAGCUUAAGGUCUGGCUCACCCUUGCCUGUAAUUAAUAAAUAAGGAGUGAGGAUAUUGAAAGAGGUGAUGCUGUCUCACCAUUUGGUGCCUGCUUUGACUUUUCGUCAGCUUAAUAAGUUAGUAAGUACUGGAAGAAAUCCAGGUUAUAUGAAGGACAGGCAGUUCUUGAAGAGUUGGAUGAUGACAGAAAAAAAAAAAAGGAGGAUCAAAUUAGUGGUGUAAGAAAUUGGAGUGUAUCAAUUCUUUAUGAAGAUCCUCAGUGCUUAGCAACUGUAGGACAUUUUCAUCUGGCAGUGUCUGAAAAAGGGUCUCCCUGUGACCUACCAUUGGUUUUCUGCAGGAUGGCAGCAAAGCAAAAUGCAAUGAGGAGGGGAAGCUGAUUAAACAGAAAAGGAAAUAAAAUGGAACAAAGAAUGAUGAUGAAGAAUCUGUCUUUCCCUUCUUUCCUGCCACUCUCCCUAAACAUGCACAUUAAAUGGACUAACCAGCUAUUAUGUUUAGUCACUGUGUUUUUAGUGAAAUGGUAUGGCAGGGUUUCCAUUCACUGAUACUUCCAAGUAAGCAAAAUUCAUUGUCCAGAAAUGCCUAUUCCCCAUCUCCAUGGCUGUUUGAGGGAUGUUUUGAAGGCUGUGACUGUCCUGGUGUGCUGUGACCUCCCUAAUGGGCCUUGCUCCUGUUGUCACGUGGUUUCAUCAGAUUUCCUUCUGGAAUCAUCUGGACUUGUAUUUUGCCCCAAGACAUUGUCCUAAAGGAUCUCUGCUCUAUUAUUCCUGAUGACCAUUCACCCUGGGGAUAAAACUGGGAUUUAAAAAAAUCAACCAUAAGUUAGUUAAUAUACCUUGUCAUUUGAACCAUCUUUUCUUCUCAAGUGUUGGUAAAUCCAACAACACUUAGCUCCAAAUUGAAAAUACUUCAUUUAGGUGAAUUCUUCUCUCACUGGAGAAGAAGAAGAGAAUGGACGAAGGAUGCAUUUUUCAAAGUGUAAAAUAACAUCUGUUUCCUUGAAUUCCCAUGUUUUAUCUCUUGGAAUCUAUCAUAUGUUUGACUUUUUUGUAGUUUCUUAACAGAACAAUUAGUAAAAGACUUAGUGGUCUCUUCGUUGAAUAUCAGCAAACUCGUUUUCCUAAGUGUAAUGCAAAUACCCAACAGGAGGCUUAACCUGUCCUCCCUAGCUGAUAUUUCUUUGGCAGCAAUGAGAGCUUAAACAGCUACUCAUUCCUCCCUGGUUAUUAAUUUUCAUCAGUUUUUAUUACAGCAGGUUGAGCCCUAGUGUAUUCAGCCUCUUCAUCUUAAUGCAUAUACUUUAAAAGGCAUCUCACUCUGUCUUUUCAGCUGUUAAAAAAAAGAAAAAAGAAAAAAAAAGCGUUUCUAAUUGAAAAUGGUUGGGUAGGUUCUCAGCAAUCAGGAGAGACAAACACUACUGGAUUCAGAAUUUUUCUGACCAUUUUGAGUUCUCUACAGGACUGUGAAAAUACUCCAUGUGUGUCUGUAGGGUUAAGCUGUGCAGGGCAGAGCAGAAGUUUGAGCCCUUUCCCUGGGGUGAGUUGUUUGGUUGCGACCGCUCUGCUCUGGCUUUGCCCGGGACCCGCUGGUGCUGCCCUGACCAGGGCUCAGGACCAGGGGAUGCAGCUCAGUGACCAGUUCCCAGAGUGCAGACCAGAUCCCAGAUAAUUACCCAUGGUGUGUUUAACCCUCUCCUGCUCCACAGUCAGAAGUGCUGGCCUUGUUGGAAAUGAUGGCAGCUCAUCCCGUUGGAGACCAGCCUGCUUCUUGCGCUGAAACCCUUUAAAUCCCUGGCAAGUCUCAGAAGAGCCUAUUAAAACUGCAUCUUAAAUUAAUGUAUGUGUACUCCCUGCUGCUGUGGAGUCGGUCAGCUUUCUGCUGAGCUGAAUGUUUAUUCUGUUUGGGAACCUCCAAGGCAAGUGAACCUUUAGCACUCAGACCACCUAGAAUUUAUUGUGUUAUUUGGUGUCUUCCCAUGCCAAUUUAAACCCCCCCCCUCCUUUUUUUUUUUUUUUUUAGACUGUGUUUAACUACUAUGAGUGAAUGCAGAGUGAGUUUAUGAAAGCAGCACCACCAGUAAUUGAUCUCUGGGUUUAUGAAUAAGCUGGUGCUCAGUAAAACACUGAAGUACCUUUUGGAUGGUUCCUGCUGAUUUCUAAUUGUAUAUUCAAUGAAUUGUUUUGCUCAGAUGGGGCCCAUAGCAAAGAUGAGUUGCAUCAUUUUCUGUUUAUUGGAAAGGAGCAAUUACAGGUGCAUAAUAUAUUUUAAGCUAAAUUCUUACCAACGAGUUAUGGUAUUUACAUAUUCUGCAGGAAGCUUUGUUAUUGUGUGAUUAUCUUGGUAGUAAAGGAAAGAAUUUCACUGAAAAUAAAUGUGCAGAGGGAAAGCAAUUUUGAUUAGGACAGCUAAUAAUCUGGAGUCCUGAGACCCAGAUUUGAGUCUCUACUCAGAUGUCUCCAACCAGGAUCUCGCUGUCCUGCAGAAGUGCCAUAAUCACAAUUUCUUUUUCUUCUGUGCAUGUAUUUUUGUAGAAAAUGCUUGAACACAUUUUUUUUAUAAUCCCUACAUCGCUGAAAGUGAACACUCCUUCUUCAGGAGCGCAAGUUUUCCUUUCAGGUACCCAUAGCAUUUAGGAUGCAGAGCAAAACCUACAGAAGAUGUCCAGUUUUCAGGAAGGUGCUGUUUUGGAGUAGUCUGGCAGGACUCCCGUGGACUCACGAGUUGAUUACUGCCUCUUGAGCUGUAGAGGUCGAGCAGAUGAUACAGAGUGUGCUGCACUGACAGUAAAAAAAAAGGUAUUAUAGCUGCAGCUCUGACUGCUUGAUGUCUCCCUUAUGCCGAGGGGUAUUUCUUUGUUCUGUGAGGGCUCUUCAAGCGUGGAUUUUGAUCCUGCAGAUCAUGGACUGGCUAGCUUUAAAGACCUGGACUUUGUGCUGAAAAUUGCAAUGAGCUUGGAAAUGCCUGGAAAUUAUGUCCUUUAGUGUGUCAUUUGGUCAUGCUGCAUGGUUUGGCCUUUUACAAAACAGACCUCUCUGUAUCCAAAAGCCAUUUUAUCUGAGUGUGAGACUUGUAUAUACGAGGAGGUCACUGGAAGGUGAAUGCCUGAUGCUGCACAGAGCAAGGACUUCCAAAAAACACUGUGGUUUUAUUUAUAUCAAUAAUGAAAUCCCCAUUGAGCCAAUAUUGGAUUAGGUCAGCUUUCAGUGCUCUUGAAACUCCCACUCCAUAAGUAUUUCCAAGAAUUGUUCCAUGCACAGACAAAAACAGUAGAUUUUUUUCUGUUGUUCAUGCACUUCACCUUGCAUUGAAAAUGGAAAGAAGUGUCAAUCAGAGAUCUUACCCUUUUCAGAUGCCUCUCUAGGCUAACUAAAUAAUUUAUAGGCACACAGUUACAUAAACAAAACAGAUAAUAGCCUGAAGUUUAUAGCUUAAAUGCUGGUAGGUAUCUUGAAGAAUUACUUUCCAAUUAUUUAGUGGAAAAAAAAUUACACAAAUUUUACAUGUGAAAAGGAGCCUUCUUUUCAUUUGUUCUCCUAAAAUGCUGAACAUUAUUUUCUCCUAAAAUAACUGUACAAGCUAUGUUAGAGUUAUGCAAGAGUUUUCCCUGGGUUUCAAGUUAUUCUGGGUUUCAAGUUAUUCUGCACCUCUAACUUUGUAUUCAAGUCCACACUUCUGCAAAACUGUCUAAAUAAAAAGUCUAAAUCUGGAAAUUUAGACUACUCUGUGUGGUGUCCUUGGAUAAAAAAAUUAAAUGUUAUACUCCAAAUAUAGUCAAAAAAAAAAAAAAAGAAGGAAAAAUAAAUUCAUUACAGAAGUUCAGACUUUCUGAAGUCUGUUACCAUUUAUGUGCUGCCAUUGCGGUGUCCAGAGAACCAGACAAAGACCAGAAAGGAGAUAAAUACACAAGAUGACUAAGUCUUUCUCUUAAUUGGGACCUACAGUUAUUAGCAGAUGCUAAGUCUAUAUUCUUUUGCUUCUCUUUCCCUCAGUUCUUGUUGCACUGGGGUGAACUCCAUUCCCAAGUUGUUUAAAAUUUUCUCUGCACGACAGUGAACUUUCCUCUGGGCUAUAAACCUAAAAAAUUGACAGACAUAAACGGCUUCAGGUUUAUCAAUAAUGAGUGCAAGCAAAUUUCUGUGCAGCAUUCCACAUCCUCCUGGUACUAAUUACUGUAUUAACUCAGAAUUAAAAUGAAGGCUUUCUAAUUUCCAGUACCACUUACUCCACUGUAUUUCCAGUCUUUCUUACUGCAGUGAUUUCUCUGUCAGAUGAAUGGAGAUUGUGUUUAGCUUAGACACUGUAAGAGUUAGUUAACUCAUGCUUGGGAAGUAAACUGGAAAAAAAAAUUAUAAAAUAUUAAAGUUUAUCUCUUUUGGACAGUGAAAACAAGCAAAUGAACCACCCUUUCUAUCUAACUGAAUUUAUACUUUUGUGUUACAAUCCACCCACGUUGUUAGUAAGUACCUAAGAACAUUACCUUCAGGGAACACCUGAAGUGUAGGAAAGUGGAAAGCCAUGCAUUUUUAAUGAGAAAAGAAGGUUUUCUCCUCUCUGCCCUGCCCUUCAGUUUCUAAGCCAAAUUCUCUACUCUCUUUUACUGUUCUCAGUUGUGUCAAAUCAAUAGAAUUGCCUGGAUUUUACCCAGCUGUCUGUUCUCAAACCUGAGGGAAUUCAUCCUAUGAAAAAUUUAAAUUAAGCUAAUUUUAAGGCAAUGCCAGAUUAUGGGACUUAGUCAAAGCUUCCUAUUCUCUAAACCAUUGAUUUUUUUUUUCCCCACAAGUGCAGAUCAUGAGCAGUUCAUGCUAUUUGUUGGUUGUUUUUGUAAGGCUGAUAUCUUUAUGCAUUUCAAACUUUUGCUGUGCUAAGGUGUCACAGUCUGAAAUCAAAUCAUGAUCUGUGUCAUGUCCUUCUUUCAGCAAGUUGUGUAGAAGAGAUCCAUGUGCUGCUCCAUCUGUCAAGUGUAUUGUAUGAGCCAAGAGAAAAUGAAAAAAGGACUUUUCUACAGUGUGAAGCCUCACCGUUGACUGGCUGUAUCUGGGAAUUAGAUAUCCUCAAUUUAUUGUCCUUGAUGGAUCUGAAGCCUGCCAGUGUUUCCACUCAUUGUCAAAUAAUUUUGUUACACUUUAUUGAUGGAAUGGCACGAUCUUUUCCCUCUGCUUUUCGACAGCAAUUCUUCUUUUCUGAUAGUGUUUGCAGGGAAAAAAAAUCUUUCCUUAUUCUCUUUUUUUUUUUAAUGACAAUUUAUAUCUAGUCUCAGAUGUUGGUUUUCUUAAAAAUGUUGGGCCUGUGCUUUUUUUCUGUGUUAUGCACAGUAUCUUCUUUUCAAUGAUAUCUCGACAAAUUAUCUUCCUCUUAAUCAUUAAAAGUCUUAAAAAAAUUUAUUUUAAAAUUCAUUAAAAUUUUCUGGAUUUCUUAAAACCCAGUCUGGCUGUAGGUGUCUUUGGGUUUCAGCCUAAAUUGCAUGCAGUCAAAUCUUGAAUCUUUGGAAUGUUUUAGCGCACUCAUAAUCAACCAGGCACCCAUAAAACAGAAAUUCAUUUUCAAAAUUGCUUUCAACCCCAGUGAAAAACAGGGGGUCUCUAAUAAACCUUUUUAGUAAUGGUCUGUAACUACCAUGGUGAUUAAAAUAUUUUUCAUCUUCAUUUUGUGUGUCAUGGAAGUUACAAGCUCAGGCAAGGACCUGAGCGACUAAAAUCAGUAUCAGUCCAGUUGUCCCGUUGGUUUUGGUGCGUGCAAGUUUUGACCUUACUAUUUUUCAUUUUUUCUUUUAUUUAUGUCUCAGUGAAUAUCUCUCAGAUUCUCAUCCAGUACCUAAAUCGUUACUGUGUGUCAUGUACAGGAAUUGCUUCUUUAAGUAAAGGUUCUGUUCCACUGGAGAGUUUACCGGUAGUUGCAUUUUAAAUGAAGUAAGGUUUAUACUCUUCUUGAGGGAGAACUGUUUGGAUGAGAAAGCAAGGCAUUGAAAACCACUGCCUGGAUCUCAUCUUGCUUGUGCUGAGUACCUGUGCUGGGGGUAGAGGGCAGCCUCUGGCUCCUGAACCUCCUGGGGCUUUGGGAGGUGCUCUGGGGCUGUACCUCGUGCUGAGCUGUGGGGCCAGGCUGGCACAGGGGUUUGGAGUAGUCCUUGGGCUUACUCACAGUCCAGACAAGAGCAGAUCCGGCAAGAAAUGCAGUGUGUGGUCCCAGCCCUCACUUGGUCGGGGCUGAGCAGCAGGCACUGCCCUCUGCCUCCUGCUGCCUGCUCCCUCCCCUGGAUAUGGCGUGGGGUGCCUGGUGCUUAGACACAGCCGGCCUUGCUACCCCUGCUGGGAUGGAGUUUUCAAUCUGAGAAGUAGUCUCCUAGCUGGAAACUCAUGGAGUGUGGGUAUGUCAUCCCCUGCCCUGCCUUUCCUGGUCAGGAGCAGCUCAGCACCAGAGCUGUGUGCUGGGAGCUCCACUUUGCAGCCUCCUGGUGCCACAGCAAAGCCAAGACAUCAGCUGAGGGAUAAGCCAGCAAGUGUCUGGGCACUCUUGAAAGGCAAAGAAACUUCCAAGUGCAACAGCUACAGCAAUCAAAUAGCAAAAAGGCUCUUUUUCCUUUGUUGUGGAAGGGAAUACAAUGCAAAGUAUUUUUGUGCCGUGCUUUAGCCACUUCCAGGUCAAGAGCUAGAAGUUUGAAUGUGCAGUUUGCUGUAAAUUCUGAUAUUUCACCCUGAGCAUAGGAUAGAAAUGUCUUCUAUUUUUAGUUAGAAACCUAGGUUAUUGUUUUGAUAAGGUGUGUUGAAGGACAAAUUAUGUAUCGAAGUUAUCAACUGAAAUAUUGUAGAGUCAUUUUCAUCUUCUCCAGUUUUGGCAAGGUCAGGGUGACUCAGCAAUCCUACCUUUCUGUUUCUUAUCAUAGUGGACACCUGGCUUUAGCCUGUGUUAGUGCUGGUUCCAUCCUGUGUUAGUUAGCUCCAUCUGGCUAUUUCUGAAAGUUCAAGAGAAAAGAAAACAAAGACAUGAAGGAGAUUUAAGGUGCCUCAGUGUGAUGUUUUUAUAGAGUGGUACAUUGCUCUGAUAAUGAGCUGUGAAAUGUAGCAUGUGGAUGAUGAUGAAUGUAAACGCCUGCAUGUGUUUUUAUUUGAAUGUUGUGUCCAUGACAUGGAUUAUUAGUAUGAGCUCUGUAGUGUAAAAAUACUGAAAAGAGAAAAGAAAUGGAAAGAAGAUAUUUCUAGCCCAUUUUGCAGUGAACCACAUCCUCUUUCAACUCUUUCCCUUUUCAAAACCAGACUCGGAUUUUGGUAACGUGAGCUUUACCAUAAGGAUGGUAACACACAAACUGCUCUCUUCCUAAAGUUUAAUAAACUUCUUUCCAGCACUGUAAGAGAAAAUCUGUUUGCACUCCAGGAGAUCAGACUUCUUCCCAGGCGUGGGCUCACUGGGCUGCACUGGCUGGGAGAUCAGUCAGGCUCACUGAUGAUGCCACACCAUGUGUUUGCUGCCCACACAAUCCAAUAGUCUGUUCCUGUGCCAGGAGAUAAGUGGCUUGGUACAGUUUGCUGCUUGCUUAUGGCUGGAAGUUGAAGUGCAAACUAAAAUGCUGUGAGCUCCCUUCCAUUUCUUGCAGGCACAGCCUCAGCUUGAGGAAGUUUUGACUGGAACAGAAAUGUACCAGGCAAAGAUUUUUCAAAAUUAUUAAUUUUACUUUUACCUCAUUGAGGUAUUUAUGAGAGGUCAGUGAUUUCAGGAGGGACUCACCAUUUGUUGUUGGAGCUGCAGGCAUCCGGAAUAUCUGCUCAGCUGUAGGUGACCAGGGAACCCACAGCUCAUUCAUCUCUGGGAUUAUCCCAACUCCCUGGUGUUUUGCUUGGGAACAGAGUAGGUUAUUUGAAGGCAAGCAGUCCAAGGAGCAUUGCUUUGAGGCUUCUACUGGCUUCUACCUGCAAGGUCCCAGCUCUCACCUUCCCUGUCAUACCAUCUGUACAUCUCAGGCCUCCUGCUUUGUAGCUGACCCUGUCUCCAAGCUGGCUAUGAGAGGGGACAACCCUUCCUCCUGGUGCAGUGCUCAAGCAAGUGGUGCUUUAAUCAAUGGUGAUACCAAACCAUAAACCUGUGUUUGGAAGGAGCUCAGUGUUUGGAUAAAACAAGCUGACUUGGGAUCAGCCUGUGGUUUACAGUAAUGCUGGUGUACAAAGCCCAAGUAGGACAGAUGCAAGAUGUCUCCUGUGUCUUUAGGGACUGGGCAUAAUUGCCAUUUUUGCUCUCUCACACAGUAUUUCCAAAGGAGCAAUGUGAUGUGGGAUGUCAGUGUUAGCUGGUGAAUUCUAGUACUUUUAUUUAUGCUCCUUCUUCUCUUGCCCAGUUUAUUGAAAAAUGUGAUGGUAAUGUGGUAGUUCGAUGUCUUGAGGUGAUUUUGAAGUAGAUAAGAAAAUCGUUAUGCCUCUGAGGUUGCGUGAUUCCAUGGAUUUGUCUUGCCACCAGUGACCGGCAUGUAAUAUUUAUUGUACCAUUUAUGAUGUGUGUAAGCUUUACAGGCUGGAUGUUGUGUCAAAAUGACAUGAGCACUUGGGUGAACAUCUUGAAUCAUCAUUAUUUUGGCACGCUCAGGGGCAAAGGUACUUGUGUGGAGUGUGUAAAACAUCACAAAGUGUGUUGUUGUUCAGAGUCUUGUGAUUAGGGCUUCGAUCUAAUUCACUCUCCAAUGUAGCAAAUGUUUGCUGUCGGCUAACACUGUUACAAGGACUAAGGGUUUAUCUUUCUUUGCCCUGCAAUAAUGUAUUUUCUAUUAUAUCAGUAGAAUUUGUUCAUUUUCAAGUAGUGUGCAGUGCUCCUUUGAAGAAUGUCUCCUUUUCAGGUGGUUUCAUGGUGACUGUACCCCAAAAUGUCUAGAUGUCUCUCAAUAGCAAAAAUUGCUUUGUUAUUGAAUGUAUUAUUUAUUAACAGUAUCUUGUCUUUUUCUAGUCACAUUUUACAAAAUAUGCCACUAUCAUCUCAUGUGAUUUUUUAUAAGAAAAGUCUUAUUUAUAAUGUUUGUGCAAGUGGAUGGAAACAAAUAACAAUUUUAUAGUAGCCCAUGCCUUUUUUCAUAGCUGCAGAAUCUUAAUGAGCAUGAUCAGAAGGGACAGGCUCAUUGUUUCAUUUAAUUCUGGUGGAAAUUCUCAAAGGUAACUAUUAUGUUAUUUAUUAUUUGGAUUUAAUUAUCUUAACAAAUAAAUAUCUCCAUUUUAAGAAAUGAAAAUAGCAUUUGUGGGGCUUCUUUUUCUUCUCUUUUCCCCGCUCUCAAACUCAGUAUGUUCAAACAAUCAAGGUAAUUUCCUGUUUCUCUUUACCGUGUCUAUUGUCGGGUUGAGAUUUGCAUCUGUUGCCCUCAUCUGAUAUUUCUGGUUAUUCUGCUUACUCAAUUCCUUUUCUUUUGUAGCUUACUCAGUAACACAAAUUUAUCUAGUGUUAGUCUGCGAAUUAACCUGGGCCUGAAUCUGUACCUUUUUCCCUUCCCAGAACUACCAAAAACACAAUCCAGAACACAUAGGGUGCACAUAGAAGUCCCAAGGAAACACAGGCAUUUUUUAAGAGAGGUUCCCAUUCUGUACUUCAAUCAGCAUAGCUGAAUCCCAUUUGCUUGGCCUGGUAUGUUCUAAUGCUCAGUCUAAAACCCACGUACGAGUCCUUGAGUACAUUUUCUAAAGCAAAUGAUGGUUCUAGUAUCUGAACAUCUGAUGGACCUAGCCUAGGUGUCUUUAGAUUUUCAAGCUGGAUUUUCCAAGUGCAGAUUUUCUGUGCACAAGCCUCUUCAAGAUAGCUGGAGUUUGACACUGUGUUCCUUUUGAGAUUAUGAAAAUUUCCUCUCUCGCUCUAAACAUCCCUGCCCCAGCUCCCUUUAAAACAAAUGGAUGAUAUAGGGUGAAAUGGUCCUUACCAAGCCAGGGACAGCUGGAAUAGGGUUCCUUAGCCUGGUAGAUCCAAAAAAACCAAUCAUCUCUCUCCUCAUUUUAUUACAAGAAUUAUCCAUAGCAAAUAUGGUCUCUGCUAAGGGAAAAGGGGAAGAUGGAAGCUCCCAUUCCUUUAGUCAUGAUGGUUUUUUUUCCAAAACCUGCCAUUUGAGCCUGCCAUGUUCCUACACAAUGAGUAAAUGAGAGUUCCUCAUUCUUCUCACUUAAUAUUUCCUAGUUUUCAGAAUAUACCAGCUCCAUCUAGGUCACUCCCUAGAUCUCUUCCUGUUGCAAGAAGGGACAGAUGUCAACGGGGGCUCAGAAAAUGAGAACUCCCUGCCUCUGAGGUUCUGCCAGGUGAGCUCUCUGAGAGCAGAAGUUUCUGUGCAGGAUCUCGCUGGGAGUGCUUGCUUGUGUGCAAGCACAUUUGCACAUCGGCAGUACUGCCUGGAAGGUGGAGAAUCUAGGUCAAAUCUCAAAGUCCUUGAAGUUACAUUUAUUUCACUUUCAGCUGAUGAAGUGCUACUUGAGGGUGAUGUCUUGCAGCUACUCUUAGACCUUAGUUGUGUCACUGAUCCCAGGUGUUUUGUUUAGCACUGUGCCUCUUCUUCCUAACCCUUUAACCUCAAUAGACUAAUAUUCAUUCCUUGUAUGAAAAUGUUCUGUGAAAAGGCAAAAUGUUGACAGUAUUAGUGCCUCAGACUUCCUCCAUCUGUCUUUGACAGAAGAUGCUUCUGUGUCAUAGGGAAGGUCAUUGCUGGGACAAAAGGAGCAUAUCCAAUGCAGGAAAGUCUUUGGUAUCUCACUUUAAAUCCUUUUCCACCCAGAUUUCCAACCACUAUCACAUACCCAGCUUGGACAGCUUGGUGACACUGUUACUUUUUGGCUCCUGUUUUCUUCAUGUGCUUUUCUAGUUCAUGUCCUCGUGGCAUUUUAGCAGAAGUGUUACACAUCUUCUAUUAUUUGAUCUGGAUGUCUGGUAGAAAAUACACUCCUAAAUGAAAAGGCCAGCUGGCAGGGAGAACUGCAGCGUUAAUUAUGGUGUUAAUGAGAAUGGGCUAAUGGAGGUAUUCCCAUCUGGUCCAAUUUUACCUAGCUCUGUUCAGAGGUUUUAGGGAGUUGAUGCAUCAGGCUUCUGCACACAGGGAUCAGGCUGUGGCAUGUUUGCUUAAACCUGUUCAGCAACAAAGAGAUUUUACCCUCAUUCAGGCAGCAGAUGAUGUACAGCAUGUGCUGUCUUCCUAAUGGCCAUGAAAUUAUUUUAUGUGUAACAUGAGUAACAACUUCAAGUAGAGGAUUUUAGGAGAAGACACAUUGGGACUUUGGUCAAAACCAUUAUGAUUGCUGCUACAGAUUGCCUACUUAUCCUCUCAGACUGAUUAACCACUUUAUGUCAAAUUGCUUCUGUCAUUCAGAAAGGACCAAUUCCUUCUAGUCUCUCGGAUAUUAAAGUAAAAUAUUUUUUAUGUACUUUGUAAAAGGCUGGCAGGGAAAAUUGUAGUCUUGAAAGAAUCAAGACAUCCUGCCCAUAAAAGUUCAUCCAGUUGAGUGCUAAUCACAGGUCACCAUGACGUUUUGUGUUGCCAUGCUGGGUUAGAGAAUAUUUUAAGUACACCACAACCAUGAGAGGUUGCAUUAUGUUCAUCUUGAUUAAACUGAUACUUCAUAAAACAUCCUUCUAUAUUGCCCAGUCAGUGUGGUAAUUAACUUACCAUCGUACAGUGUGGCUUUUUCUCCAUCUAUCAAGCCCAAAAGCUUUGAGUCUUCUCCAGAUAGGACUCCCUAGCCUAUUUAGCACUUGCUUUUAAUUAAAGCAUCCAGUGGCUGUGAUUAUCCCUGUUGCUCUUCCCUGCAGUCUUUUCUGGUCCUGUUUCUUUCUUUUUGAGAUAAAAUGCUUAGAAUUCCAUGGAAUAUGAAUUACAAGGUUUCUUUUCAUUAUUUUCUCUGGUUGUCAAAUCAAGCCUUGCUUAUGUCCAUCUUUUAACCUCUUCCCUGACAACCUCAAGAUCUGCAAGUCUGGUAGGCUAAGCCACUAAAUCUAAAAUUUAAAAUUAUAAUGUUUUUUAUUUCUUUUAAUAUAACUGUUCUAUUUAAUUUCUGUAUACAUGCUGGGUUUUCAUGAGAAGGUUUCAGAUAUUUAAACUAGACUUGUGACUAAAGAGAGAUUUAAAUGCAAGCCCUAUCCAUUUGGAUAUUUUAAGGAAAGAAUGUCAGGACACAACUACUUUCUGUGAAAAGAUCUGCAGGGGCUUCUUUUGUAAAGAAGAAAAAGAACUAAUUUAAUUAUCUUGAAAGAUAAUGUGAGAUGGAAUCAUUGGCUCUGAUCCACUCUGCUACAGACUCAUUUUAUUCUGUAGGCAUUUAACAGGGAUAAGACUGUAAUGUGGUUUAGUCCCUGUCAACACAAUUUGAUCCAGUUCUCAAAAAGAUCACCAUGGUAUUUAUAAUAUUUUGAUCCACUUUUCCUUAUUUAUAUUAUUAUGUACUUUAUUAUGUACCCAUAAAUGAGCAAAAAACUAGGGUUUUCAUAAUCAGUACCAGCAAUAUAGACGUCUUACAGAAUGGUUAAAAAAAAAGUCAAGUAUAUACUGCCAAAUUACGAUUCAGGACCACAAUAAAAAUAUUCUAGAUCAUUUUAAGGCAGGAUAUAUGCAUCGACUUCUUGGAACUUUGUAUUCACUAUUUAGGAUUACAAUUAAUGAUACUUACAGAUGUACCUAUCAAAAUUAAUCUAUACCCAUGUUAUUAUGCAAAAACCUUUCCUAAGACAUAGAGUACUUUCCCAAAAAGGGAACAUUCUUUUACUGUGUUAUGCAGCCUUACUACAAGAAAAACAUUAUAGAUGAUGAGGAAAAGCUAUUCAGAAUCCCUGUUAUCUGUCAUGAUACUAAAAAUAAAAUACAACUGUGUAUUGCCGAAUCA